AUGAUUUAUUCCAUCAGUGCAGUAGAUUGCUAUCUUAAAGAAUUUUUCAUCUUGCUGCCUUUAUUUCAGGCCAACCAUGAAAACUCUAAGCUCUAAAAGGUGCUGCAUACCUGUCAGGACAUUUCAAUAGCACCAUACUUAAGUGGACACUGUGUAAACUGAUGUCAACCAGUCGCAACAACAGUGGAGCUUCAUACACAACGACAUAAGCAAUGAACACCACAAGGCUGCAAAGAAGUAUGGAAGGAAAGUCCUUAAAAGGAUACUUAUCUGCCCACAAAUGCUGAACCACUAAAGAUGCAGAGAAAACAGAGUCUGAAUUACUGUACCUAUUUUAUAUACCUUGGCCCAAUGUUGAUCUGUAACAGAACCAGAAACUGCACUAACUUGCCAGAAGAGUGAGGCUUGAAAGAGUAGCUCCCAUCUUUCAACAAAGGAAGUAUCUCAAAACUGCUGAGCCUCUGAAGGUUUCUGUCAGAAUAUGCCAUUACUCUGUCAAGUGAAAGCAGUGACAAGCUGGACUCCCUUUGCCUCAUUCCUGUAGCAAUUCCAGUCCCACAUCACCAGCAUCAUAAUCCCAACACUCUGCACACCACAGUGCUGAGUCAUCUGACCGUGCCCUCAGUUGAGAAGGGGAUGACAGAGCGCAUUCAUAGCAUCAACCUGCACAAUUUCAGCAACUCUGUACUUGAGACCCUCAAUGAGCAACGCAACCGAGGCCACUUCUGUGACGUGACAGUCCGCAUCCACGGGAGCAUGCUGCGUGCCCACCGCUGUGUGCUGGCUGCUGGCAGUCCCUUUUUCCAGGACAAACUGCUACUGGGCUAUAGUGACAUUGAGAUCCCUUCUGUGGUCUCAGUUCAGUCUAUACAAAAGCUUAUUGACUUUAUGUACAGUGGUGUAUUGCGUGUCACUCAGACUGAGGCCCUUCAAAUUUUGACUGCUGCUAGCAUUCUCCAGAUCAAAACAGUUAUAGAUGAAUGUACUCGAAUUGUAGCACAGAAUGCAGGUGAGGUUUUUCCAGUAAUCCAGGGUUUGGGUCAUGAGACACCAAGAACACCAGAAUCAGGCUCAUCUGCACAGAGUAGUGAUGCAGAGUCUGGAUACCUGCAAAAUCGCUCCCAGCAUAGUGUCCAGAGUAUUUACUCAUCUCUUUAUACCUGCUCCAUGCAGAAUGGAAGUGGAGAGCACUCAUUCUACUCGGGAGCAGUGGUCAGGCGACAUGAGACAAACCUGGGACUUCCAAGAAAGCAUACCAUUCAGGAACCAGAAUGGAUUACUAGGAUUCAUAAACGUUCACAGCAGAUGGAAAGAUACCUGUCCACAUCUGAGACUACUCAUUGUCGCAAGCAACCAAGACCCGUCCGGAUCCAGACAUUAAUGGGCAGUGUCCACAUCAAGCAAGAAGCUGAGGAUGACUAUGAUUACCAUAAUCAACAGAGGUCACAUGUCCUAGAAAGAAAUGAGUCAGAAGAUUGCACUGAAGAUACAGAUCAGGCUGAGGGCACAGAGAGUGAACCCAAAGGGGAGAGUUUUGAUUCAGGAGUGAGUUCCUCUAUUGGGACUGAGCCUGACUCUGUGGAGCAGCAAUAUGUUGUCAGCAUUAGCCAGGAAGGGCAAGUGGAGGCCUCACAGAGAGGGCCAACUGACCAUCCAAUGGGGAGCAUGCAGCAACUGGAUGUUACUUCUUCUUCACCAGAUAGGGUUAAUGACAUGGAUAUGGACACCACACUAACUCAAGAUGAUAUUUCAGACAAGGUGGUACUGCAGACUUCAGUUGCUCCUGUUCUUGCCCAGCCUUUACCAGCUACACAGCUGUAUCUUCGGCAAACAGACACCAUCACUAGCAACUUCAGGAUGCCCUUAACUCUGACCAGCAACACCCAAGUCAUUGGCACUGCUGGCAACACUUACUUGCCCACACUUUUUGCCACACAGUCAGCUGGUAGCACUGCCAAGCCCUUCCUCUUCAGUCUGCCACAGGCACUGACAGCCCAGCCUACCCAAUUUGUAACUCUUCCUCAGUCCAGACUAGCAACAUAUUCUGCCCAGUUUGCUGCCUCACAGGCCUCAAUUCAUUCAACAGGUGGACACAGUGUGGUAGCCAACCAGGGGGAAAAGAAGCCUUAUGAGUGCACUCUGUGUAACAAGACCUUCACCGCCAAACAGAACUAUGUCAAGCACAUGUUUGUACAUACAGGUGAGAAACCUCAUCAGUGUAGUAUCUGCUGGCGUUCAUUCUCACUAAAGGAUUACCUGAUUAAACACAUGGUAACACAUACAGGUGUAAGGGCAUAUCAGUGUAACAUCUGCAAUAAGCGCUUCACCCAAAAGAGUUCUCUCAACGUGCACAUGCGGCUCCAUAGGGGUGAAAAGUCCUACGAGUGCUAUGUGUGCAAGAAGAAAUUCUCACACAAGACCCUUCUGGAGAGACAUGUUGCCCUGCAUACCAAUGGCACUGGAGUGGACACCACAACCAUGGGCACUACUGGCAGCUCUGCAGAAGGGACCACCUAUGUCUGCUCAGUCUGCCCAGCUAAGUUUGACCAAAUUGACCAAUUCAAUGACCACAUGAGAAUGCAUGUGUCAGAUGGAUAGACAAUUAUCUUUCUUAUGAACAAAGAUUUGGCACUAGAUACCAUUUUU